GGGCCCUGCCCUGUCAGAAUAAUUAAUUUUCUUUCCUCAAGUUAACCUGCAGCGAUGAUGUUAAUAAUGCUUUGUGGGUGUGGUCAAUACUCGAUAGACUCCCAAAUUCUACUGCUAGGCUAAAGCAUACUGUAUAGUAUGUAGUAAUUGGAUGACGGGGACAUCGACCAGCCGUCAUGCAUCAUCGGUCAAGGAGUUUCGGAUUGAUGAGGGUUAUGAGAAGCGUAGCUUCAGAGUCUGGAUCUUGGGCCGAACCGUCGCACCAAGGUCGAAGUUUCCACAGUUUCUGGAACGUCGACUAAGCUUCCCUUCUCCUUUUUCUUUUCUUUUCUUUCCCCCCCCCCUCUUUUUACCCUUUUUCCAUUUGCCAGCCUUUGCUUCCCCACCGUCCACUCUUUUCCCUUUCCCGUUUUGUCUCUCUCAUUUUUGCCCCCUUGGGUCUAGUCCCUUUAGGACGGGGGGUUUGCAAGUCUGGGCAGCACCAAGUCGGCUUUCGGAAAACACGGGAUAUGUCAAUCCAUUGACGAAAGGCCUGCCUGUCUGUCCUUCUGGUCGAAGAUCCCUGCAUGACAUUAAUGACGGGUUACUUUGGCUGAGCGAGUCAGAAGGCAGCGUGGAUUGACAGAGAUGGUACCGAGCUUUGUCCUUUUCGUCUUUUCAUCAUCUCAU